CCACUUUUCAGAAUGUGGGGGUAAAUUUAGAUAUAUCGUAAAUCUAAAGGGUACAAUUAAAUGACUUACUUUUUUGUACAAAAAUAAUAUGAUCCUUUGAAAAUAGAAUAUUUUUAAUGAAAAUACAUUAAAGAUGUUUAUUUUGUAUUAAUUUAGCAGAUAUUCAGCGUGAAUUCACUUCAACUGAAAGGUCUUUACCAUUUUCUUAUUUUAUUUUAUAUUGUUUACAACAAAAAUUGGUGACAAUACAUAAACAGUAACGUUACAAAUAAUCACCAGUCAAUUGCCGAUUUCUGCAUGUUUAUUGCACCUUCAUUAGCCCAUACAUUGCCAGCUUUAAAUUUAUCACAAGUCAGAUAUUUCAUUCGUACUUCAGUACCAGUUUCUGAAAUUUGAAGCCAUGGAUAACAUUUUUGCCAAUUUUCAAGUGUUGUGUUGCGAUUCACAUUAUUAUGUGCGCCCUUUUCGUUUUAAAUACACGAUCUAAAAUGUCUUCAACAAUAGGAUUCACAAUUGUUUUAGCGGGUAACUGAGUUGCGUUAAAAAAAUUGUCAAUUUUCCUCUGCUUUGGUUUGGAAGCAGCCAUGAUGUACGUCUUAAUUAACAAACGCUUGCAAUUAUAAAGGAAAUCAAGCCACACGUUUUACCAAGCGCCUACGUGAUAAAGACAUAAUUUGACUGGUUUACAGAAUGAAAAGUAGUAGGAAGUAUUUUGGCGGGUAAUAAACGGAAAAAGAUACACAGUCAACUGUUAAACGGAAAUGGAAUCAGCUGUUUCGAAAAUGAAAGUACACACCAAAUACGCUUCGAUUUUUCAUUCUUUGUGUAUUUAAUUUAUAUCGUGCGUAAAUGAACGCAACAAAUUUGAAAUAUGUAUUAUUUCCUAGGGCUAGGAAUAAUUCCAGCUGGCUUGUUUAUCACAUAUCUUAAUGUUACACAAGGUCCUGCUCAGUUGGUAGACACACCUGAGGGUUAUGUUCCAGAACCACACGAGUACCACAGAUUGCCACUGACAAGGUUACUGGCCAAAUAUGGAGUUGAACCUAUUGAGAAGAAACAUGAAAGAACUUUAUACUAUCUUCAUAAAGCAGAUGAAAAACGAAAAUCUAC